AUGGAUUCCCAGUCUGUUGUCGAUGGGAUUGCGAAAUGGACGCCGGAGUGGAAAAGAGAUCGCAAAGGACGCGUUCAUAAGCGAGAUCACAUGUGGGACCAGGACUUGUGGGACGCGCUGAGGUUCUGGGACAUACCGAGGGACUGGAAUGAAGCGGACGAGUUUGCGAAAGAGGUCGUCUGGAUCAGUAAACAAAAGGGAAAGAAGCGAGCGAAUGUAUUCCCCUUCGAACUUGAAAUUCUACCUACCGAAUGA